AUGCUUGAUCCACGCCGGAAUUUUUUUUUUUUUUUUUUUUUGGGGGGGGGGUUAUCUCAUCGAUGCUUCACUCGUAUUUCACAGGCCACCGUCCCCGUCAACCCCAAGCCUUUCUUGGCUGGCCUCACCGGCAAGCCCAUCUUGGUCAAGCUCAAGUGGGGCAUGGAGUACAAGGGUGUUUUGAAGGCUUCGGAUCAGUACAUGAACCUGCAGCUGCUGAACACGGAGGAGUAUGUUGAUGGAUCGAUGACCGGCGCUCUUGGCGAGGUUCUGAUCCGCUGUAACAACGUCCUGUACAUUCGCAGUGCGGACGCCGCACAACAGAGCUAG